AUGUCCCAGUACUACGGCCACAACAACUUCAACGGGUUGAACCCGUUUGCUACCGCUGAUGAUGCGGACUUCGCCAAUUUCGCCAGUCUCGCUAAUGGGGCCCAACCCUCACCGUUCUUCGAGAGCAAUGGUACUGCUGGUCAGUACUACAAUGGAGAAUCGAGCCGAUCCGGCGCCGGGGCUGGCAAUUCGGGCUUCCCGCUCAUGUCGGGCCCCUUGGAUCACCAAGAAAAUUUCUCUUCAUCACUGACGUUUGCUGGCCCUGAGGUUGCCUCCAGCCCAGUUCAAGUUGUCUCGGACAGCCCUCGCGGCGUCGCCUCUACCGAACCAAGCAGCCCUACUAGCCCUAUCAGUCCUAUUCGACCACUCACUGAACAUUCCCAACGCUUCCUGAACAGCCUGCCGGAGAACAUACGUUUGAGCGUCGGCCGGAACCGCCAGCUCGAUCGAAUGAUCCACGAGAACCCUCACUUCAUUCCCACCUUCAACUACGAGGCUGCAAUGAGUAUGACUGGCAGGGACGUAGUCAACAACGUCUCCGGUCCCAUGCCUUCUGCAAUCGUUCACGACAACGAGGCUCUCGAAGCUCUCCGCAACGAACUUGAUUUCGACUUCAACAACAUCACAUGCGAAGAACUUGCUGGGAAGGGCCAUGAGUUCCUCGACAUGAUUGCGCGCCGUGACGAGAUCGCCGACACUCUCGCGCAAUACCGUUAUGAGCCCGAGGUUGGCCCUGAGACGAUUUCCGCGAUCUUGCCGAACGUGGGCAAGACGCUCGAGGAGAAACCAUGGGCGCUCGACUGGUACCAAGAGCCUCUCAGGAAAGGUGACGAUGAGCCUGACGACGAUCUAGAGGCCGAUCCGGCCGAAGGUGAAGAAGAAAACGAGGAACAAGCGGCUACCACCACCAAGGGCAAGGGUAAGGGGAAGAAGGGAGACAAAAAGGACACCAAAUACCUCCCUCGCAAAGUCCAAUACGCUCCCUACCGAUACAUGUUCAAGACCGCCGAGGAAGCGCGAGCCCACCGCAAGAAAAUCCGCCACCCAGCCAAGAUCGCAAAGGACAUCGACCGCGUCCAGAAGUACGGCCGCUACUACUGGACCAAGCGCAUCUACGACGCCAUGAUCAACGUCGACCUCAUUUUCGACAACAAGGGUUCCGUCAUCGCCACAAACUUCAGCAAGAUCCACCACUUCAAAGAGGAAGAUCUCGAAGCGACCGCGCACCACAUCUUCGACGCGUGCAUCGGUGUCCACCGCCGCGGCUGGUACGGCUACGACUACAACCGCCGCGCCUUCGUCCGCGGCAAGCUCAAGGACAUCUUCAACGAGAGCAUCGAAGGCCGCCUGGAGCGCAUCUGCGGUAUCCUCAAGCACAACAAGGCUAUUGCCAACGACUGCGUCCAGGGCGGCGACUUGUUAAUGCAGACUGUCGACAAUCCUAUCUACCGCGCGAGCACCAAGACUGCGAACAACAAGGGUAAUCUUGAUCGUGCUGGGCGCCUCAAGAAGCAGGAGACGGACCGGCAGAGGGAGAAGAGGCUCGCUAGGGAGGCGGCGCAGAAGGAGAAAGCUGAGGAGAAGGCGAGGAAGGCGGCUGAGAAGCUGGCUGAGAAAGAGAGGAAGGAAGCUGAGAAGCAGGCGGCGAAGGAGAAGAAGCAAGCUGAGAAGGAAGCGGCGGCGGCGGCGAGGACGGCGGCAGCAGCGGCGAGGAAGAAGCGCGCCUAG